GUUUGUCCUAAAUAAAUUUAUAUUGAAAGGUGGAGUCGAGAGUGACUCACGUCCUCGUUAAGAAGGCGACGAUAUCUUGAGUGAUAGACAGCUUUGGCUAAUUAUAAUUUAAAUUUAGCACGCAGCAAGUGUAGUUUUUUUAGUACUUCCCGCCAGGCAGCAAGCAGUUGGUGUUCUUCACCAUGUCAUCUCGCAAGACAGCCGGUCGUCGCAUUAACAAGAAGCGCGCACAACGUGCAACCUCCAAUGUGUUUGCUAUGUUUGAUCAAGCUCAAAUAGCAGAGUUCAAGGAGGCUUUCAAUAUGAUUGAUCAGAACAGGGAUGGAUUCAUUGACAAGGACGAUCUGCAUGAUAUGCUUGCAUCUUUAGGAAAACUGAAUGUCAUUGAAAAGCUUGGGCAAGGCAAAAACCCAACCGAAGAUUAUUUAGAGGGAAUGAUGAAUGAAGCACCGGGACCAAUUAACUUUACGAUGUUUCUCACUCUGUUUGGUGAGAGACUGCAGGGCACUGACCCUGAGGAUGUCAUCAAAAAUGCAUUUGGGUGUUUCGAUGAAGAGAACAAUGGUGUAAUCGGUGAGGAGCGACUCCGCGAGCUGCUUACCACAAUGGGCGAUCGCUUCACAGACGAUGAUGUGGAUGAAAUGCUCAGGGAAGCACCAAUCCGCGAUGGACUCUUCGAUUAUGUGGAAUUCACGCGUAUUCUUAAACACGGCGCUAAAGACAAGGACGAGCAAUAAAUUUAGCUUACCGUGGCGGGCUGCUGAUUUUAAUUGAUGUAAUAAAUAAAUAUGCACUAUGAAACAACCAAGAAAA